AGCCAAGGAGGUUAGAGAAGUUGCUUCGACAGCAAGGUUUCUCCGGCAACUCGUACAAACUUCUCCAUGGAGACACAAAGGAAAUGUUUGUGAUCACAAAACAAGCUAAAACAAGACCCAUCAACUCCCUUUCCCAUGAUAUUGCCUCUCAAGUCGUUCCAUUUCAUCAUCAUAUCAUCAAAAAUUAUGGGUAUGUUACCUAAAUUCUAUUUGAGUUGUAAUGAGAUGAUAGAAAAACGGAAGGCUUCCAUCUCAAACAAAGAAUAUGGUGAGUUAGAUGUUUGCCCUGACAUUACAGCUUUAACAUCAGAUGUGAUUUCUCGGGCAACAUUUGGCAGUAGCUAUGAAGAAGGAAGAAAAAUAUUUCAACUCCUUAAUGAACAAAUUAAUCUUCUCACACAAGUUUUGCCCUUCUUUCACAUACCAGGAUGGAGGUUUUUACCCUUUAAAGAAAAUAGAAAAUUGAAAAAUAAUCAUAAUGAAUUUCGAGAACUAAUAAAAGAUAUCAUAAGAAAAAGAGAGGAGACCCUGAAGAUUGGAAAAGAAAAUAACGAUGAUUUAUUGGGUUUAUUAGUGGAAUCAAACCACAGAGAAAUUGAAGAGCAUGGGAAUAAACAAAAUGGGAUGAGCCUUGAAGAGGUGAUUGAAGAGUGCAAACUCUUUUAUUUUGCUGGUCAGGAGUCUACUCAAUCAUUGAUUGUAUGGGCAAUGGUUUCAUUAUGUAUGCAUCCGAAUUGGCAAGAACGUGCAAGAGAAGAAGUUUUUGAAGUUUUCAGUAACAAAGUGCCACAAUUUGAUGAGUUGAACCAUUUGAAAGAAGUAAAUAAAAUACUUCAUGAGACCCUUAGGUUGUAUCCACCAGCACUUCUCUUAGCUAGAACAAUUAUUAAAGAGUCCAAAUUGGGAGAACUCAUAAUACCUACUGGAGUUCAACUUUCAAUUCCAAUCAUUCUAGUUCAUCAUGAUGAAGAUCAUUGGGGAGCUGAUGCAAAAGAGUUCAAUCCUGAUAGAUUUUCUCACGGAGUUUCCCAAGCAUCAAAGAAUGAUCAAAUCUCAUUCUUCCCAUUUGGUUGGGGUCCAAGAAUAUGCAUCGGACAAAAUUUCGCAUUGCUAGAAGCAAAACUAGCCUUGGCAAUGAUUCUGCAAAAUUUCUCAUUUCAACUUUCUCCAACUUAUAUUCAUGCUCCCACUCGUAAUUUAACUCUAAAACCUCAAUAUGGUGCCCCAAUUAUCUUAAGCAAAAUUUAGUUUUGUACUGUACUUUUUUUUUCAUUUAAUUACCUCUUUA